AUGGAAAAAAUAUCAGAUCGCUUCGCGGCUAUUCAUGGGUUUCUCAUAAAGACAGACAGGGAUGGCACUAAACGGAUCACGUGCCCGAAUAUCAGCUCUCUCAAACCUACCAAGAAGGAAGUGCAGCGGAUUCUCGAGUUGAAGCUGCAGAACCUGGCGGUUUAUUUGGGGAUGAAAGAGGAUCUCAUCUACGUGGACUGCCCACUGCUUUUUGAGACUGUAACGAGCGAGCAGAGAUAUUUUUACAGUACUGAAGAUGGCAUGAAAGCGGUCAGGUCGGGCAGAACCAACAGUGCGAAUACACGGCGCUCUAUCGAGUACCGCGUUCUGCCAAUAACGCUCCCUAACAAGACUAGAAAGUACCUCUGCCAGACUGGCAAAAAGCUGCCUGAGAUGCCAUUAGAGCACGAGAUCGCGACCCUGCACCAGGAGAGCGAAGCCAAAACCGCGACUGUGCCCCAGGCUAGUGAAGAUUUGGACGUAUUUCACACGCUUCACUGUGACAAGCUGGUCUUUACUAACCGCGACCGCCGCCUCUUCCGGUCUUUCGCCAUGGAUCGAACGUUGUAUGAGGUAGAAAGUGUUGCAAUCUUAAAGCAUUGUCAUAGAGAAGCCAUUUCUAAAACCACCAAGACAAACUCCUUUGGCGAACCUCUAGUGACAAAAUAUAAAUUAGAGACUCUAGAGAUACAUGGGAAGCACGCAGGUGUUCUGCUCUUUCUUAUUGCGAAUCUGCACCAGUUAUCAUUGGGGCAACAAGUGGAGCGGCCAACAGUGGACAGCGAGCUUUUGCUGGACAGAAUCGGAGAGCUGCACAACACUGAAGCAAAAGCAGCGCACCUACAGCAGCUUCUUUACAUUGUACUCAAAGAAGAGAGGUACAUGGAUCUUGCAAAUUUGUUCACGCGUCUGUUGCUCUUCAGGCUAAGCGCACACUUUGAUAUAAGAAAAGAUUUAGAAGUCGAGGAGAUGGAAACUGUGCGCGAGCGUAUGUCUGCAACGGGAGUGUGGAUCAAGUGUGUGAUAAUUUCGGAAAAGAGUGAAGACCAGUUGAAUAUUUUCCAAGAGGAGAGCCACAAUAUAUGGAGCAAAUUCACGACCCUAUAUCACAAAGUUGCAAAAGAAAGUGACCAAACGAUGACUAUGAACAUAAACCGCGUGCCUCCUGACUGUAUAAGGGUAUAUGGAAAAACGUUUGGAAGAGAAUACAUCAAGAGCUUUUACAGCGACAUGCAAUAUGAGUUCGACCAGCAAUGGAGCAAGCUCGACAGGGUCUUGACAAUGACGCCGGUAGAAUCAACUGGAAAAAUGCUCCUGGAAAAUUACAGAAUUCCGUGGGCAGGCCAUGGCUACCGCGCGAAUUUCUCAUUAAAAGAUAUGUUUCCACAGUGGAUACAUGAUCAAGUGUCACCAAGCAUGAGGCAGCCGCUUACCCAGCUUGAUAAAAGAGAGGUGCUCGGCGCCAUUGAUAAGAUGACAGUGGCUUUAAUGUGGAUGAUCUGGUUAGCAGCGGGUGUGCCCUACACCUUUUCAGAGCUACAGGUUUUGGCAUGCGGUGGCGACCAGCAGAACAUAUAUGUGGACAGUGAGCGACGAUGUGUCCAAAUAAUCACAAGAAGCUUCAAGAAAGGGAACUUGAAAGAAGACUUCAAAUGGUUGGAUAAGCGAACAUCAUACUAUCUGGUGUACUACGUAACUGUGCUGCGGAAGACUCAGAUAUCGGUGCUAGGCGAGAACUACGAGGCCUUCGAACCUCCAAAGGAAGGUGAAGUUGAUCUGGAGGGCAUAUGGGAGCACAUUGAGGGCAAAUGCAAUAUGAGCAAGAAAGAGGCGUCGGCACUUAUCAUGGACCAAUAUUUGUUUUUAGACGCUAAACUAGGCCAGCUUAUGAGUAGGAGGCGGUUUCUUAAGCCCAGCGAGGAACACCCCAAUUAUGUUGCAUCUCCCGAGAGAUUGAGUUUUAAGCAGCUAAAAUUCGGCAGGAUGGGGUUGCUACGGCAGUAUCUAGCCUCAUCCCUCAAUGACUCAAAGCCCGUCAAAACAGCGAGAAUAGAUCUAGCCAUGUGUCGCUUUGCUGCUUCAAGCGCGCGGGACUACAUGGAUGAACUGGGUGACUCAGAAGACGUGGAUGACCCAGAUGCCAUGGGCGAUUUGGAAGUUUUGGAGGAGUCCAUGUGGCAGUGCGAACAAUCAGAAAGAUUUAUGACGCGGACAUGGCACGAGGAAAUCGCAAAGCAAUGGAUACGAUGGGUGGGUCUCGAUGAAGAGGAAGAAAUACAUCAUCCGCUAACUUACAGUGUUGGCGAAAUAGUUUUGCAGAAAGAAGCACUAUGCCCAGAUGAUCUUGUUCAUGCAGGUCGAGAGCUCUAUGGGAAAAGCUUUACCUUCCGCAAUUCGGAUCAGUACUUGGCAUGCGUGAAUGCUUACCUGUCAAAUAAGAAGAUUAUUGCAGUACAAGCACCCCCGGGACUCGGCAAGACAUUAGUUUUCCAGCUGCCACUGAUGUGCUAUACCAUGAGGAAACUUUCCCUUGUGUCAUUUGUGUUUGUCCCUUUCGUAGGUCUACUUGCCGGGACGAUGUGUCGGCUCGAAGCAAGUGGCAACCUGCGUGUAGGUAGUGUUGAAAAGCUUCUCAACGAGACUCGUUGCAAAGAAAACUCACUGCUGGACGUUUACGUGGGCACCUUCAAUGACGCAGCCGCCGAGGACUUUAUAAAGAUGAUAAAUUUUUGGAGUUUACUGUACCCAGAGAAAAAACUUGGUCUACUUGCAUUCGACGAGUUUCAAAAUCUAUACGACGAGAAAAGUCACAGUGAGGUUUCAUUUCCGUCUCUGAAGCGGGUACAAUUUGGGCGGUUCCGGCGAAUAAUUUUGACCUCGGCCACAUGUGAGCAAGGAUCUGCGCAGGGAGCACUUCAAGAGCUAGGAUUUAGGGGUCGAGAGGGCACAAAUUUUACAUGGGAGAGAUCGCAGGCAGGCCGGUCGGUCGAUGUACCUAUUUUUUUGCGCAACUACGUGCAAGAGCCAGCUGUGAUGCAUGUUUACAAACAUGCCUUACGUAUGAGGGGAAACGGCGUUGGGCAGGUAAAGCAGUUCCUAAGAAGUCUUUUUGCAUAUGAUCCAGAUGCAAAGGCUGCCUUAGUAGUGGGAGAGAAUGUGGCCACCACGGAGUUAUUUACCGAGGUCUCACAAGAGUUCAGCGCCGCUUAUGUUCACAGUGACCUAACUACCGAAGAGAAACUGAAACGGGUGCAAUCAUUCAUCAAGGACAAGAGUCUGCAGUUGCUGAUCGGCACAAAGCAGGUCGUGGAAGGGCUGGAUAUUGAGGGGCUGCGAAUGGUGAUACUGCUAGACUAUUAUCCGCGAGUAGCUGAGUACAUCCAGUGCGUGGGUCGCGUGCGAGGGUCUGGGACAUGCAUAGCGUUAUGGCAAGAUCCGCCACCACAGGUCGAGAAUGAUCAACCCCGCGUCGAUUACGACAAAUGCUUUACUUCACAGAUUUGUAAGUACUACGAGCUACCGCAGCGGGUACACGCCGGAUGUUGCGGCAGCUUUGAGAGUGUUACAGAAGAGGCAAAGAGCUUGUUUCAUCGCGUGGUACUUGAAGAGGAAGUGAAUGACGUAUGUUCCCAGAAAACGACGAGAGAUGAGGAUUCUGAGCAAGGAAGAGAAAGGAAGAUUGCGCGCACAGAUGUGAUCGCGAGCGCUGAUGACAGCAACGAGGUUUCGGGCGUCAAUAAAAGACCCCAAGACGAUACGGCUAUUACCAAAGCGUAG